AUGCAUAAGUUAGGGGAGUUAUCUCUAUGAUACCUCUUUGUCUGUAUAUGGUUGAUGUUCCCAUCUUCCAAUUGCCAUUUGCCAAACUCUCUUUCCUAAACGCUUCUCCCUUUCUCCUUAGUUUCUUUGGAGUUCUCUCCUUCUAAGCAUGGUUACGACAACUGUUACGUUGUUUACCCCACCACCACCUACCAAAGCCACACUUUCCUCAUUUCCCCUCCCAAAAACUCAUUACACAUCAAGUUCAUCAUGUUCUUCAACUUCAAGAAAGUUCAGAGUCAGGGCCUACAGCAACACCAGCAAGUUUGGAAAUUUCCUCCACUUGAAGCCUGCCCAUCAACCUGAACCCUUGGAUUUUGAUCUCCCAUGGUGCCAUCCUUCUGAUCGAUCUCAUUUUGACGUGAUCAUCAUUGGUUCUGGCCCUGCAGGCACUCGCCUAGCAGAGCAAGUUUCCCGCUAUGGAAUUAAGGUUUGUUGUGUUGAUCCUGACCCUCUCUCCAUGUGGCCUAACAAUUAUGGUGUGUGGGUGGAUGAGUUUGAGAGUAUUGAUCUUGAGGAUUGCUUGGAUAAAACAUGGCCGAUGGCCUGUGUUUAUAUUAAUGAAAGAAAGACCAAGUAUUUGGACCGUCGUUAUGGCCGAGUUAGUAGGAAGAAGCUUAAGCAGAAGUUGAUUGAAGGGUGUGUCUCCAAUGGGGUUAAAUUUCACAAGGGAAAGGUAUGGCAAAUUCAGCAUCAGGAGUUUGAGUCAACAGUUCUCUGUGAUGAUGGCACAGAACUGAGAGGGAGUUUAAUUAUUGAUGCUAGUGGAUUUGCAAGUACUUUUGUAGAGUAUGAUAAGGCGAGGAACCAUGGUUUUCAGAUUGCUCAUGGGAUUCUGGCUGAGGUAGAUGAUCACCCUUUUGAUUUGGACAAGAUGGUUUUGAUGGAUUGGAGGGAUUCCCAUAUGGGGAAUGAGCCUUACUUGAGAGCUAACAAUUCCAAGUUUCCUACUUUCUUGUAUGCAAUGCCUUUCAGUUCCAAUCUGAUAUUUCUUGAGGAAACUUCCCUUGUUAGCCGUCCGGUUUUGUCUUACAUGGAGGUGAAGAAGAGGAUGGUUGCAAGGCUAAGGCACUUGGGAAUCAAAGUGAACAAGAUAUUGGAGGAUGAGAAGUGUUUGAUUCCAAUGGGGGGACCUCUUCCUAGGAUCCCUCAGAAUGUGAUGGCCAUUGGCGGCACUUCAGGGAUAGUACACCCUUCAACAGGGUACAUGGUGGCUCGAACAAUGGCCGUUGCACCAUGUGUAGCCACAGCCAUAGCAGAGUGCCUUGGCUCAACCAGAAUGAUCAGGGGGAAACAGCUCUAUGCUAAGAUUUGGAAUAGCAUGUGGCCAAUUGAGAGCAAGCUCAACAGGCAAUUCUACUCGUUUGGAAUGGAGACUCUGUUGAAGCUUGACUUGAAUGGAUCCAGGCGUUUCUUUGAUGCAUUUUUUGACUUGAAACCUUACUAUUGGCAAGGGUUCCUCUCUUCAAGAUUGAAUCUAAAGGAACUCGCUUGGUUAAGCAUUUCACUCUUUGGACAUGCUUCAAACCGUUCCAGGUUUGACAUCGUAACCAAGUGUCCAGCACCAUUGGCUAAAAUGAUGGGCAAUAUUGCCUUGGAAUACAUUGGAUGAUGCAAGGUUGUGAAACAUGUACCAUAAUCAAUGUAUUUUCAUAUCUUAGUCGUAGCUGAAGUUGGAUAUUGAUUUGUCGAACUUUGUUCCAAAAUAAUUUAGCUGUUGGAAAUUA